AUGGCCCCUUCUACUCCUACACCCAGCCCUUUCGCCGCCAUGAGGAACUUUGGUGGUAUGGUGUCAUCUGCUCUUUCUUUCGGCGACAGAUCUCGCCAAGUCUCCUCCCUCGGCCUCGGCACUCUCUCUCUGGGGGAGCCGUCUGGCGCUGCCCCGCCCCCUCGCUCCGCCUCUCCCUCCGCUGGUUCUCCCGUCCCCGUAACGGGACGCCCGCCUUUCGUCCUGGACUCGCUCAGUGGGGGCUCGGAGUCGGGUGAUCGACCCGACACCGAAGAAAGUGAGGAUGAUGAUGAUGGUGGGGAGGGUAGGAUCGAUAGUGAGGGUGAAAGCGAGUUAGAAGAAUACCCGGAUGAUGAUGUGGAGGUGAUUAGUGUAGAGGACAACAACGUAGAUAGUCCUGAGCCCGGUCCUGCCCCUCCCCCUGCUCAAAUUGUGGGCCAGAAACGACGCCGUUCCCUCUCUUCUUCUUCUUCUUCCUCUUCUUCUUCUUCCUCUUCUUCUUCCUCUUCCGGGGUUCUCCCCCCCCCCAACGCCAUCGCCGCUGCCGCCGCUGCUGGUCCUGCUGCCGCCGCCCCCGUCGCUGCUCCCCCCCCUUCUCCCAGAGGGGAGCCUUCGCCCAAACGGGUGAAGAGAUCACUGCGGGAAGAAGAGUACUUGUGGGAGAAGAUGAAGUCCGAGCCUGGUCGUUGGAUCGCGGUUGGUGUUGACGAAGCGUGUGAUCGUUGCCGACGUGAGAUUAUCACGUAUAAUCGUCCAAACUGGCCCUGCCUCAAGGCAGUCAGGCCACACAACAAGGCCCUCCGUUGUGCUUCAUGCACGUCUGGCCCCUGCUCCUUCUGUCCCGUUUCCUCUGCCCGGGACAUCCCGCCCCGUCCCUCCGACUCUUCGCCCUUCCCCCCUCCUCAGACUCCAGCGUCUGCCCCCCGUUCGCGGGUACCUCCUUCGUCUCUCCGGUCGGUUCGCCGUACUUCGCCGGACCUCCGCCCGUCGCCUCCGUCGCCGUCGCCCUUCGCUCCUGUGGCCGGCCCAUCACGUCUCCCGGCUGUUCCUCCUUCGUCUUCUCGCCGUCCUUCGGCCUCUGCUCCUUCGGCCUCCCGUCCUUCGGCCUCUCGUCCUUCGGCGCCACGUCCGUCCUCUCCAGUGGUAGCUUCUCCUCCGGCUCACAGCACCCGAAGUCGGCGUCCUUCUGUUCCUCCGGCCACUUCGGCGGCCCCUCCCGUCACCCCUCCCUCUGCUUCCCAGAAGACACCGAAGUCUUCUUUAAAGAAAUCAAAAGGGAAAUCUAAAGAGAAGGAGGUUGCCUUCAAUGAUGGUGAUGUGGAAAGUGAAGAUACUCAGCGUGCUGGUCCCUCUGCUCCCCGGUUGUCCCUCGUCCACCCUCGUAUCUCCCUGGACGUCCGUAUUCCUGAGGACGAAAAGGAAUUCGCCACUUAUCGUUCUCUCGUCCUCGGUCUCACUACUCAGCUUGAGGCCGCCCGAAAUGAUACAUCUCUCCUGCUUGACUUCUCUUCUCGUCAAGCUAACGCUUUAAACAAUCUUACUGCGGCGUUAGUAGAUGUAGUCAACACUGGGGCUCUGGACGACGAAGCAAGGACAAGGUUAGCGGACGUCUCUCGCCGAAGCCUUACUGAGAUAGCCGAUGUUCGCCGAAGACUGUUCGACACCCCCUUCCUAGUCACUCCUAUGGCGUAUGAGCCACCACCGUCCCUUGACUGGUUAGGUCGCCGUAGUAGUUCUCGUGUCCCAGCUUCCGCCCAGACUGCUCUCGACCUCCUCAGUCUUCCCUUCGAGUGUCUACGGACCAUACGUUCUCUGUGGAGGACCCCGAGCAUGCAAGCUGCUCGAGAUGUCCAGGACUUCGGUGACUUCUUUGGGGCUAUGAAUCGGGCAUGGAAUGCUUCUCUCUCUACUGCGUUCCCGUCUGAGACUCUCGAUCUACCUUCGGUCAUCGGUAGCCUCCACACCAAUCCCGCGGGACCGAGUAGAUCGAAGGAGAAAGGAAAAGGAAAAGGUAAGGGUAAGAGUAAGGACAAGUGA